AAAGAAAGAAACUCACAAGUGUGCCAUUGACCCUUACAGCUCACACACAGACCCCGACUUGCAUUCAAGCUUAAGCAACGUCACUUCCAACCACCGCAUUACAUUACAUACCGGUUGUUCUGAUUCAGACAAGUCACCUACCACUUCCUUUCUGUUGGAAAAAUUCACAAAUCUCAGAAAGUGCGUGUGGGAUCUGAAACUGUCCUCCUGAUUCAGAAAGUUUCAGGCUUUUCUGGAUCCGAUGUUGGUUCAAGAUCGUGCGGCGAAGCCGCCCAAGUCUCAGAUCAGAGAGCUACCAACUCACCAACAGAUCCGACGCUUCAGCGAACCGAAAAACCUAGACUUUACCUCUUGGGUCUCCGAGAACGUCUCUAGGAUUGUCAUCUUCUUCCUCUUCAUCGUCACCGUAGCGUCUUUCUUCUUCCUCUACAACACCACCGACACUGCCUCCCUCCUCUGUUUCCAGUCACAGUCAACUCAAUCUCUCCAGCCCCUCACUCGCCCUCAAAUCAAAUGGAGCUCGAUCCAAGUCCUCCCCGACAAGACCUCCCCUUACGCCAGCUUCCUCACCGAGAAGUGGAUCGUCGUGUCGGUGACCAAGUACCCCACCGAGGAGCUUAAAGGGUUGGUGAAGAUCCGAGGCUGGCAGGUUCUAGCUGUCGGAAACUCGAUGACACCUAAGGAUUGGAGUCUCAAAGGUGCGAUCUUUCUCUCUCUAGACGCUCAAGCUGAGUUGGGUUACCGCGUUUUAGACCACUUGCCUUAUGAUUCCUUCGUGAGGAAGAGUGUCGGUUACUUGUUCGCGAUCCAGCACGGUGCUAAGAAGAUCUAUGAUGCUGAUGAUCGUGGGGAAGUGAUUGAUGGAGAUCUAGGGAAGCAUUUUGAUGUUGAGUUGGUUGGUGAAGAUGCUAAGCAAGAGCCGGUUCUGCAGUAUAGUCACGAGAAUCCUAAUAGGACUGUGGUGAAUCCUUAUAUUCAUUUCGGACAGCGUUCGGUUUGGCCUAGAGGGUUGCCGUUAGAGAAUGUAGGUGAGAUUAAUCACGAGGAGUAUUACACUGAGGUGUUUGGUGGUAAGCAGUUUAUACAGCAAGGGGUUUCGAAUGGUUUACCUGAUGUUGAUUCGGUGUUUUACUUCACGAGGAAGACGACGUUAGAACCUUUUGAUAUUAGGUUCGAUGAGCAUGCUCCCAAAGUGGCUUUGCCUCAGGGUGUGAUGGUUCCUGUUAACUCGUUUAAUACUCUUUACCAUUCGGCGGCGUUUUGGGGGUUGAUGCUUCCUGUUUCGGUUAGUUCCAUGGCUUCUGAUGUGCUGAGAGGGUACUGGGGACAGAGGUUACUGUGGGAGCUUGGUGGCUACGUUGCUGUUUAUCCACCUACUGCUCACCGGUUCGAUAGAAUCGAAGCGUACCCUUUUGCUGAAGAGAAGGAUCUUCAUGUCAAUGUCGGUCGUUUGAUCAAGUUCUUACUCGCUUGGAGAUCUCAAAAGCACAGUUUCUUUGAGACGAUACUUGAUCUGAGCUUUGCUAUGGCUGAAGAAGGGUUUUGGACAGAACAGGACUUGAAGUUCACAGCUGCUUGGCUUCAGGAUUUGAUUACUGUCGGCUACCAACAGCCUAGGCUGAUGUCACUUGAACUGGAUCGCCCACGAGCUACUAUCGGUCACGGGGAUAGAAAAGAGUUUGUUCCGAGGAAGCUGCCUUCGGUUCAUCUAGGUGUUGAGGAGACGGGUACGGUGAGCACUGAGAUAGGGAACUUGAUAAGGUGGAGGAAGAACUUUGGGAACGUUGUUCUUGUUAUGUUUUGUAGUGGUCCCGUUGAGCGAACCGCUCUAGAGUGGAGGUUGCUUUACGGAAGAGUGUUCAAGACCGUUGUGAUAUUGUCUUCUCAGAAGAACUCUGAUCUCUAUGUUGAAGAAGCCAAACAAGAUCACAUUUACAAGCAUCUACCGAAGAUAUUUGAUCGAUACAGUAGCGCAGAAGGGUUCUUGUUUGUUGAAGAUGAUACAGUUCUCAACUACUGGAACCUACUUCAAGCCGACAAGACUAAGAUUUGGACUACAGACAAGGUGUCGAAGUCAUGGACAUCAGUUAAACCCACCGGGAAGUCUGAUUGGUUCUCUACACAAGCCGAGUUAGUGAAGAGAAUUGUGAGUACAAUGCCAGCUCAUUUCCAAGUUAACUACAAGGAAGCAGCCAAGAACAGUCAAGACACCUUAACGGUAUGCAGCUCAGAGGUAUUCUACGUGCCUAAACGACUUGUAACCGACUUUAACGACCUUGUGGAGCUCGUGGGAGAUAUGGACUUGCAUUACAAAGUGGCUGUGCCAAUGUUCUUCAUGUCGAUGGAUUCGCCUCAGAACUUUGACCCGGUUCUUGGAUCAAUGGUGUAUAAGAGGAAGUCGUCUUCGUUUAACUCUUCUUUGAGUUUGUAUUCUGCUCAAGCACCUGCUGUUCAUCCCUGGAGCAUAUCGAGUGAACAAGAUUUCAUCAAAUUGGUUGGACAAAUGGCUGAAGGUGACCCGUUACUAAUGGAAUUGGUAUGAUGAUGACAGAGUCAGGGGAUAGAGCCAUGAUAGAAAGAAAAAAACAGGGUUAAUACAAAGAUUGUGUCUUUUUGGUUCUCUUUUCAGAAAUUUUUUUGCUUCUGGGGGUUGUGGAGAAAGUCAUGUAAUGUUCAAUUGUAACCAUACAUUUCGUAAGUGUAAAAUGUUUCCCCAUCUAAAA